UUUCAUACUCUGAGAGACUUUUCUGAUAUACCCAAUCCGGAUUCAGUACAGGAACUUAGAAACUCAUUAAUAAAUAAUGAGUUAAAUUAUAACAUAAAUAUACUUAAUGAUUUUGUGGAGCAGAAUACAGCCUGUUUAAGUGAGGACCAACAAGCUAUCUUUAAUGAAAUAGUCCAAGCA